AUGGACAGUGGGGACCAAAGGAGUCUUGCAGGACAGGAUGAGGAGACCAUGUGCACAUCAACUUCAGAGGGUCUGGAGGAGGGCGAGGUGGAGGGAGAAACUCUCCUCAUUGUGGAGUCUGAGGACCAGGCAUCCGUGGAUCUGUCUCAGGACCAGAGCGGAGACUCGCUGAACAGUGAUGUUGGGGAUGAUGGGGAGGGAAGCUGGAAUGAGGACAUGUCCUUCUACUGUGACAAGUGCCACAAGUGGAUUCCGUCUGCCCAGCUUCGUGGAGAGCAGCCCAGCUACCUGAAAGGAGACAACUUCUUCAAGUUCAUCUGCGUGGAUUGCACGGAAGAUGGGAAGGAGAGUUUUGAGAGGAUGAGGCUCACUUGGCAGCAGGUGGUAAUGUUGGCCAUGUACAACCUGUCUCUAGAGGGCACAGGACGACAAGGCUACUUCAGAUGGAAGGAAGAUAUUUGUGCAUUUAUCAGUCGGCAUUGGACUUUUCUGCUUGGCUCCAGAAAGAAGACUUCCACAUGGUGGAGCACUGUGGCUGGGUGUUUGUCUGUCGGCAGCCCAACGUUCUUUCGUUCAGGGGCGCAGGAGUUUGGGGAGCCCGGCUGGUGGAAGCUAGUGCAGAACCGCCCGCCUACUCUGCGGCCCGAGGGGGAGAAAAGCUCUGCUUCUCUGAAGGCCAAAGCGGUGUCAAAGCCAUCCCUGGAUCCCAUCAUCACGGUUGAGGGUUUGAGGAAGCGUGGAGGUCGAAACCCAGUGGAGAGCGCUAUGCAGCUGAAAGAAAAGCGUUCCCGCACACAAGAGGCAAAAGAGAUUCGUCGUGCACAGAAGGAAGCAGCUGGCUUUCUUGACCGCAGUGCCUCAUCCACACCUGUCAAACUGUGCAGUCGUGUGCGGCGGUCUGAGCCAUAUCUGGAGAAGGGCGAGGUUAUUGAUUUCUCCUCCCUCAGCUCAUCAGACAGAACCCCGCUCACCUCUCCCUCACCCUCUCCUUCACCAGACUUCUCAGCACCAGGAACACCCGCCUCGCACUCUGCUACGCCCAGUCUGCUGUCAGAGGCCGAUCUGAUCCCAGAUGUCAUGCCCCCUCAGGCACUCUUCCAUGACGAUGAGGAAUUGGAUGCAGAGGGUGUUAUUGACCCUGGGAUGGAGUACAUUCCUCCACCCAGCAUGCCUCUGGCCACUGGCACCAUCAUGGUCAGGAAGAAGCUGCGUACAGCCGAGCUCAUCAAACAGGAAAUGGAGAGUGAAGAUGACGAGCGGGCCAGAGACGGAGAGGAAGAUGAGGGCCAUGAAGAAGGCUUGUUGCCUGCAGGACGUGGGUGUACUGUGGAACGGAGGAAGGUUCUCCAGGAUAAGGGUGAGGGCUGCGUGUCUUUGUCGAACCCUCGCUACACAUUCAUUAGCCUCUAUGAAGAACGCAUACUGCUCCACAAGCUGGAGGCAUGUCCGCAAGCGCUGGCGGUCACACCACAGGCCAAACGACUGCAUCGCAAGUUGCUCGUGCGGCAGGCGAAAAGGGAGCGAGGGCUUCCGUUGCUGGAUGUAGAUCAGGCUGUUACUGCAACGCUUAGCCUCGUUGGGGGUGUGUACGGAGCACAGGGGGGAUUGGCCAGCCACAGGACAAGUGGAGAAGAGAAAUACAGAACCACCAGUCAGGACCUGCGUAUACUUGAUCGUUUUCAGUCAACAGUGUCUGUACGGAAAGGGUUCUAUCAGCCCACAGUGUCAUUCUCACACAGGCUAAUGGGAUCUGAUGCCUACAUGGAUCAAAGUAUCAAGAGUCCCUACACAUCCAGAUUGCUCAAACCAUAUAUCAGAAGAGACUAUGAGAGCCGGCCACUGAAGCUACGUUUGCUCUCUGAGAUCCGAGCGUUUCAUCACAAGAAGGACCCUUCCUGGGUGCCUGAACCUGAUGCACCUAUUGACUACUGCUAUGUACAGCCCAAUCACAUCCCCUCUGUCAACUCCAUGUGCCAAGACAUCUUCUGGCCUGGUAUUGACCUGUCAGAGUGCCUGCAGUACCCAGACUUCAGCGUGGUUGUGCUUUAUAAGAAGGUUGUGAUUGGUUUUGGCUUUAUGGUGCCAGAUGUCAAGUACAACGAGGCCUACAUCUCCUUCUUGCUGGUACAUCCGGAGUGGAGGCGAGCUGGUAUCGCCACAUUCAUGAUUUACCAUCUCAUUCAGACGUGUAUGGGAAAGGACGUUACUCUACACGUGUCAGCAAGCAACCCUGCCAUGCUGCUCUACCAGAAGUUCGGCUUUAAGACAGAGGAGUACAUCUUGGACUUCUAUGAUAAAUACUACCCAGUGGACAGCAAAGAGUGCCGACAUGCCUUCUUCCUGCGCUUACGACGCUGAGGAUUCUUGAGAUCUAAUGUGCACCUGUUUUGUUCUUUAAAACCCUCACAAAAGGCUAAGGAAUACUUCGUUUUUCUGCGUGUCUUUCCAUCUCACACACGGUUGAGUGCUAUGGCCUUUUAAAGUAUACUCUUUUGACUGCACGAACGGGAUAUAAGCAUGCGCACUAUGACUGCUUUGCAAUACUCGUUUAGCACAGUAGACACCAGGCGCAUGUCCAGACAACGUGCAAAGACUCUGAUUGUUCACGCAUCGAGGAAAAACUAGUCUGUAUGCAGACAGUUCGUGCAUACUGUGCAAGAGUCGUAGCGGCACGUGGGAAAACUAAAGAGUACUUUGGCCUUAAGGGUUGAACGUUCAGACCUAUGCUUUAGGUUUUAUGUUUUAGAUUAAGUCACACUAUGAUUCACAGCACAAAUGGGAGAUGAUCCGAGAUGUCGGUUAGGAAGUGUUUAUUAGUAUUGUAUGUUAUUUGUGUGAUUCCACGGUCACAUUUUCCCAUUAUUUCAUGUUUAUUGAGGUUUAGUUGGACUGUUUUUUUUUUAUUUGGUUUGAUAGUUAAACUAUAGGGAAGGAUGUUGUGUUUCAGUUUAUACACCAGCAGUGGAGAUUCUGACCUCCACGUCAUAAAGUAAAAGUUGUUUUCCUAUUUCAAAAGAGUAAUAUGUUUUUGUAUGUGUUCACAAUUGUGCAGAUGAAAAUCUUGGC